UGAAAACUAAAAGCCCCAUCAUGGUGUACAGACUCUCAUCAAUUGUGGAAGUGUUUCAAGCUCUCCCUCUAUGGUUUCUUAUAUUUGGAAUAUUCACCCCAGUUGCUCUGCUCUUGUUGCUCAUAAUUGCUUACUUCAGACUGGAACUGAUGCAAGUGAACAAUGAAAUAGCAAUGAACGAAGAUCCUAUGGACUUUAAUAAAGAACGCUACUUCAACAAGCAUUCAACUGAAUACAGAGCACGAAAUGAAACCAUACAAAAGUGAUCACUGCUUCAAGAGUGAAAGAACUGAGAGCCAGUCUUAAAUUGGCACUACAACCCAGCAAAACUGGGCAAAAGAAAAAAAAAAAUUUUAAAAAUAGGAGAUGUCCCCAAAAAUGGUUACCCCUAUUUUGUAGGGCAUAAUUUCUUAGGUGGGAGUUAAAGAUUAGAAAAACCAGAAGUUUAUAUAUUUAAUGCAGCACAAUUCACUUACUCAAAUAACAAUGAUUUAAUAGCUUUUACAUUUUUCUUAAGCCCUGAACUUUGCAGAGUUCACCAGGAUCAUUAUCAAUUCAUUCUUGCAACAUUUUCUCUACUCCUUAAGAUAUUGGGAACAUUCUAAGCUAUGGGGACUUAUUCCCAGCAGUCACCUCAGGGGUAGCCUAUGGUACUGCUGAGACACUGGCUGUGCAUGAGAGAUCUGACAGGGAAGGCCUUUCACACCACUAGCCAAGUAAGGUCUUAGUGCUUGUUCUAAUGACUUUGACAGUCUGCUCAGGAUACCACCUAAUUGAAUCUACUGUCUCCUUUUACCACAGGGCCAUAAGGAUAUUCAAUGUAGACUGCUGCCUGAUUAACUAAUGGUCCAAAGGUGUUCUUUUGCAUAAACUUUUCUAGGCACUUUUCUAGAUAGGUAGUACAGCAUGCAAAUAUUCCAGGGCAACACCUGAGACAGGUAUAACCUCAGAAGUAGCACUUGGUGCUUGUAUAUUCAAGCGUUUCUAUAUUCAAGAGUUUGUACACACCUUGAUGGCAGCCAUCAACACCAGUGUCAAGUCCCUUUUCUCUAGAGAUUUGUACAUAGAGCCAGUUGAUUUUUGAUAUUUAGAUGAAGUAGCUCGCAUGACUGCUGGAGAGCAGGCAUGGGAUAUCGAGUGCACCAAAAGCAACUCAGAACAAAUUACAUAUUGUUUUAUUCCUGCAAUUGAGAGGAUGAACUGUAGCCGCAAUCCCAAUUCUCAUUUCACCUUGACUUUACACUCUACUAAAGUCCUUGAUGCAUACCCCCAGCUCUUCCAAACUAUAUCCUCAGCACUUUUAGAUCAUCAGACAAAAUGAAGGGAAAAAAGAACAGCUGCUAAGGAUUUUGACAUCAACUACUGGAAUGUGCACUUACCAAGAAGAGCUACAAAGAGAUGCAGUGGUGUUUUAUCAAGGUUCACAUCAAAACAGCUGUGUAAAACAGGACUCUGCUCUACAGAAUAUAUUCAAUAACACACAUUGAGAUUGAGCCUAUGCACUGAGGGCUGGAAUGAAGCUUGGUGGCAGCUGCCACAGAGGCUCUAAGGAAAGGCCACAGUUUAAAGUUCUGCCACUAUUGCACAUUGAAGAGUUGGAACCAGUGUUACAGAAACCACCGAGGGUGAACAAGGCAAUAGAGACAGACAAAAUCUGAGUUCUUCGGGUCAAACAUUUCUGGAAGA